AUGGCCCAGUCCUCGUCCACAUAUGCCGCGGAAGAGGCGGGACUAUUUCACAAUGAGGAGCUGUUCAACAAGUACAUCAUCUCGAGAUUACCACCAAAACUGCUAGAUACAUUUCGAACGACAACUAGGGCGACAUCGUGUGCAUAUCACAAAAUUACUUUCACACACGGUGACAUCGCGCCUCGCAAUAUCAUGGUCGAUGAUGAGGGGGAUAUCACUGGGAUCCUUGACUAG